AUGGCGGGGCAACUGGGAGUGCUAAAUGCACUCGACACAGCCAAGACUCAAUGGUACCACUUCACAGCAAUAGUAAUCGCCGGAAUGGGUUUCUUCACAGACGCAUAUGAUCUCUUCUGCAUCUCCCUCAUCACCAAGCUACUCGGCCGUAUCUACUACACCGAGCCCGACCUAAAAAAACCAGGCGUUCUCCCUCCCGGAACCCUAUCGGCUGUCACCGGUGUCGCUCUCUGUGGCACCCUCGCCGGCCAAUUAUUCUUUGGCUGGCUGGGAGACAAACUUGGCCGGAAAAAAGUCUACGGACUAACCCUCAUGCUCAUGGUUGUCGCCUCAAUCGGCUCCGGCCUCUCAUUUGGCUUCACUCGUGAUGGCGUCAUGACUACUCUCUGCUUCUUCCGCUUCUGGCUCGGCUUCGGAAUCGGCGGCGACUACCCACUCUCAGCCACCAUCAUGUCUGAAUACGCCAACAAGAAAACACGUGGAGCUUUCAUAGCUGCAGUUUUUGCCAUGCAAGGGUUUGGUAUUCUAGCUGGUGGAAUUGUUGCUUUGAUAGUUGCAUCCAUUUAUGAUCACAAAUAUAAUGCACCUACCUUUGCCUUAAACCCUUCAAAGUCCAUGGUUUUGCCAGCGUUCGACAAUGUUUGGCGAAUUAUUCUAAUGUUCGGUGCAGUCCCUGCGGCUCUUACGUAUUACUGGCGCAUGAAAAUGCCAGAGACAGCUCGUUACACUGCGCUUGUUGCUCACAACGCAAAGCAAGCGGCGAGAGACAUGUCGAAGGUCUUGCAGGUGGAAUUGGAAGCUGAAGAGAAAAUGACAGAGGGAGAGAGUCAUACGUAUGGUUUGUUGAGCAAAGAAUUUGUGAAACGGCACGGGUUGCAUUUGGUGGGGACCACAACAACUUGGUUCUUACUGGACAUCGCGUUCUACAGCCAGAAUCUCUUUCAAAAAGAUGUUUUAAGUAAUAUUGGUUGGAUUCCAGAACCAAAAGACAUGAGCGCAAUCCACGAGGUUUACAGGAUCGCUAAAGCCCAGACUCUGAUAGCACUUUGUGGUACUGUUCCUGGUUAUUGGUUCACUGUGGCUUUGAUCGAUCACAUGGGUCGUUUCGCAAUCCAGAUAAUGGGAUUCUUCUUCAUGACAGUCUUCAUGUUCUCUCUCGCUAUACCCUACGAUCACUGGAAACGAAGUGAUAAUAAAAUCGGAUUCGUCGUGAUGUACUCUCUGACGUUUUUCUUCGCCAACUUUGGUCCAAAUGCAACGACGUUUGUGGUUCCAGCAGAGAUAUUCCCGGCGAGGCUACGUUCAACCUGCCAUGGAAUCUCGGCGGCGGCGGGGAAAGCUGGAGCCAUAGUCGGAGCGUUUGGGUUCGCAUACGCAUCUCAAAGCAAGGAUCCUUCACAAGUAACGAAAGGGUAUCAUGUGGGGAUUGGAGUGAAGAACUCGCUGAUUGUGCUUGGAGUGGUGAGCUUGUUGGGGCUGAUCUUCACAUUUUUGGUGCCUGAAUCUAAGGGGAAGUCGCUCGAGGAGUUGAGUGGCGAGAACGUCGACGAUGACGCAGCAAAUACUAAGACAUCUGCUUAACUGCUGCUGCUGCUGCUGCUGCGUGUGUGUGUGUC